AUGUCAGGGACUUCGAAGACGUCUUUGACUGGCGCUACACAGGCUCCAGCGACUGCCAGUACGAACGUAUUCUGUGAUACGGCGCAGGAGGCUAUGAGAAAGGCUCGGCAUAUCCUGGAUAGACUCAACGGAAAAUCCAAGAAUUCCGCCCCAAAGGCCCCUGAGUUUGCAUUCUAUGAGCUUGUUACUCUACCGGGGCGCAACAGCCCAAUUUGA